CACAACCACCAUAAUAGAAAAAAGUGAAAUUAUAUCAAGAAGAACGCAAAGUGUCAGAAGAGCUCAAUUUCCAGUUUGUGUCGUUUCUUUGUCCCCGCGGCAGUCGAUAGUUUCCACCGUUUUAUUUUAGCAUUAAAAACAACCUAUGAGUGCUUCAGUUGCGGGUAAUAAAUAAGAAUUCACCAUGAAUUAGGUGAUAAAUCGGGUAAAAUGUCAUCGACGCUCACGUGAGACGGGCGCCCCCCGCACCAAGAAAAAUCUCUCCCGCGACACGACCGUAGAACGUACGUAACGCAACCCCAAACAAGUUAAAAGUCAUUCAUUCGAGCUUGAAGCAGUCCCCGGAGUACUGACGUGUGUUCAUUUCCUUCGUUGGUGAGGCGACGAAACCUUUCGCGCGGUUGUGCGUGGAAAUCCAGUUGGAAGUGAGCGGGCGCUUGCUGACGAGAAGACUCGACACGAGCAGCACGACCGCGGAGGUCGUCAAAACAUUUGCGGUAAACAAGCACCAGCCGUAAUCGGGCGGUAGUGGGUCGAAGUUCAUUUUGUCGCGACUGCCGUUGCCGCUGCCGCUAUGGACGAUCUGACGCAGGGCGAUAUCUGUCGAGUGUGUCGUUGCGAGGGCCAGUCCGACCGGCCGCUCUUCCACCCGUGCAUCUGCACCGGCAGCAUCAAGUGGAUCCACCAAGACUGCCUCACGCAAUGGAUGCGCUACUCGCGCAAGGAGUACUGCGAGCUGUGCGGCCACCGGUUCUCGUUCACGCCAAUCUACUCGCCGGACAUGCCGAGGGUGCUGCCGCUCCGCGAUGUGGCCGGGGGUCUGCUUAGUUCGGUGGCCCGGGCUGCCAAGUACUGGCUGCACUACACACUGGUCGCCCUCGCCUGGCUUGGAAUAGUGCCGCUGACGGCGUACCGGACGUACCGAUUCAUGUUCAGCGGCUCCUCCUUCGAUACAAUCCUUUCACUGCCUUUCGAUGUGUUUUCAACGGAGAAUAUAGCGUCGGACGUGCUGCGAGGUUGCUUCGUGGUUACCUGCACGCUGCUCUCGUUUAUUGGACUAGUUUGGCUGCGGGAACAAAUCCUGCAUGGUGGCGGGCCAGAUUGGCUCGAGCGUGACGACGCGCCCCAGCAAAACGACCAAAACCAAGAACAGCAAGCCGAGGCAAACGGCGGACAAGCGGACGCAAACGAUGCCAUCAACAACAACAAUAAUGAGAACAACAACAACGAGGGAGAAGCCCCCGUGGACGUGCCUAUGGACAACGCAGAACCACCACAGGCGGACGCAGAAGCGGCAGAUGCGGACAACGACCUGGCAAACGGCAACGAGGAAGCGAAUUGGAAUCCAAUGGAAUGGGAUCGCGCCGCAGAGGAGCUGACUUGGGAGCGACUGCUAGGCUUCGACGGGUCCAUGGUAUUCCUGGAGCACGUGUUCUGGGUGAUCUCCCUCAAUACCAUCUUCAUCUUCACGUUUGCCUUUCUGCCGCACUGCAUUGGCAACUGUGUCAUCUCGUAUCUCGGCUUCCUCAGGCCGGACAAGCCCCUGCUGCACUUUCACGGAUUGCUAACGACCCUGUUCGGUUACUGCAUCAUUGGGGUGACGUUAAUCAUGCUGCACUCGCUGGCGCGGUUACUACAAAUGAGGAAGAUUCGGUGGCUCCUCGGUCUGUGCUAUAUCGUGGUGAAAGUGUCGUUGCUUUCGGUCGUUGAAAUCGGCGUGUUGCCACUGAUCUGCGGCUGGUGGCUGGACAUCUGCUCAUUGCCCAUGUUCGAUGCCUCCAUUAAGGACCGCAAGACAAGUUUUCGAGCCGCUCCUGGCACGUCACUCUUCAUCCACUGGAUGUUUGGGAUGGUCUACGUUUACUAUUUCGCCUCAUUCAUAGUUCUCCUCAGGGAAGUGAUACGACCAGGCGUUUUGUGGUUCCUGAGGAAUUUAAAUGAUCCAGAUUUCAGUCCAAUACAGGAAAUGAUUCACUUGUCGAUCAUGAGACACGCGAGGAGAUUGGUGGCGUCCGCGAUAAUUUUCGGUUCGGCAGUGAUGCUUAUGCUGUGGUUGCCGAUUCAAAUUUUGAAGAACAUCUGGCCGGCGUUCUUGCCCUACACAUUGUCUGGGGACUCCGAAGUUAAUGAGCUUAGCUUGCAGUUGCUGCUGUUACAGAUCAUUCUUCCCGGUUUCUUCGAACAAUCACAUACACGAAUCUGGCUGAAAGGUUUAAUCCGAAUUUGGUGUAAUGUGGUCUCCUGGCUCCUGGGAAUUCGCAGUUACUUACUAGGCAGUGAACGAUCAGCCGAAAAUGAAGAUGCUGCUCCGCCACCGCGGCCACCACCUGAACAUGGUCAAGGACUAGGUGCAGCACAUCAAGCUAUCCUGGAACGCGAUGUUCCAGUCGGUUUUCAACCCUAUGACCGUCCAACAUUUUUCCCACUACGUUUAAUUGGAUUAGUGUUUCUAAUGUGUUGCAGUUUAGUUGUAAGCUCUUUGGUUACAUUGACAGUGCCGGUUUGGAUUGGACGUCAAUGUAUGGCUCUUUGGUCAGUUGGGGGACAUAUUUCGAAUCCAGCUCAGACGGUGGUGAGUUCAGAAACACCAUCAAGACCUCAUGAACUGUACACAGCAGCUAUGGGAACCUAUUUGUGUUGGAUAAUAUCGCGAGGAAUUGCAAUUGCUGUGAAUUUGUUGCCGCAAGGAAGACAAGCGGUCGUGCAGAAACUCAAGCAAUGGUUAUCAGUGGGAGCAUCGUAUGCCUUAGCUGCCCUCAUUUUUAUUCUAAUGUUGGGAGUCAUUCCGCUCAUGUUUGGACUUUUGUUGGAACUCGUCUUGGUUAUUCCACUUCGAGUGCCAUUGGACCAGACUCCCAUACACUUUUUAUGGCAAGACUGGACCCUGGGCGUAUUGUAUACUAAAAUCGCAUGCGCCCUAACCGUGAUGGGACCAGACUGGAGGCUGAAACGAGCGAUUGAACGUGCCUGCCACGACGGUUUGCGCGACAUUGACCUCAGGUUUAUCAUCCGUGAGCUCGCAGCCCCGGUCAUCACAUGCUUCGGCCUGGCUCUGGCCGUUCCCUAUGUCAUAGCGCAUUCAAUCGUCCCCAUCUUUUUCACAAGCCAAUACACACGCAUCCUUGUGGUUCGCGAGAUCUACCCGUGUUUCCUAAUAGUAGCAAUCAUCAUUGCCAUCAUCUACUUUCAAAUUAGACAGUUCAAGAAGCUUUACGUGGCGAUCAAGAACGACAAAUACUUGGUGGGACAGAGACUGGUCAAUUACGAUCAUCGCAAGAAGAAAUCACAAGAUGCAACAGCAAGUGGAGCGGGAGUAGCAACGGCAGCGAGUCCAGCCGCUGAACCGGCCCCCGUCCCAGCUCAAUCUCCGGUAGAACAGGCAGGUGGCGGCGGGACAGGGGCAGGUGCAGGAGGCGAUGCUGCACCUGGAAUUGUUGCAUUUUAGAUGAAAAUUAGGAAUGUUGAAUUAAUUUUAAUCACUUUUAAUUUAGUGGAUGAAAAUUCUCUUUAAGUUAUACUAAAUGGAAAUUGAAUUUGUAAAUUUCAUUCUUUUGUGAUGCGAACGUGCAUGUAAAGGAGUUUCUAACGGGGCAAAACUUUAAAAAUAAUGGAAAAGUUAAAAGAGCAUCGUUGACUUCUAUGUAGGAACCGAAGACUAUCAAAUUAUUUGUGUUUAAGUUUAAAAUGAUGUCGGGGAUGAAGGAGGGCGACGAUGUCGUGGAAGCAACACGGUGUGAUCUUAAGUCAGUGCGAAUUAUCUCCCAAAGGAUUUACGUACAUAAUUCAUUCGGGGUGGGGGGAGCGAUUGGAAUCUAGGUUUUCUGUCUCUCCUUCUCCACGGUAAAUAGAUAUAUUUUUUUUUAAUUUGAACUACUUUGUUUGCGAUCUGUACUGUUAAAUUGAAGACGGAAGUGUUUUUUUCGUUUUUCUACUUUUUUGUUGAAACGCAUGUGUUUAUUAAUUUUGAUUAUUAUUAAUAAUAUUAUGUAAUUAGCAACUAAUUAUCUCUAUAUGUAAAAUAUUUUUGAGGUAUACAUACUUGUAAAAUAAAGAGAAGAGAAAAUACGAGACAGAA